AUGCAGCUCGGUCGGGCUUCCAUCGUUGGAGCCGGUAUCGAGCUGGAGGCAUUAGCCCCUGGACAGGGCAUGAACCAGUACUCAUGUAGCCAUGUUAUGGCUCCACCUCAAUACACUGCUAUGGGCACUCUAGUUAUGCAAUGUGCUUGCCAGGAAAAGGUUCUUGAAAUCGAAUGUCGAGAGGAGGAAUCGGCGUUGCAAAUAGCUACUUGGGGUAAAGCGGUGAUAUCAGAACUAGCUGUGUCGAAGGACAUACUCAAAUCAUGCUCAUCGGUCCGCAUUGAUAAUAUUAAAAACUCCUUCACAUUGAGGAAGGCAUCAUACCAACCAACAUCGAUAGCCCAGACUCACCCCGACGUAGUUGCAUCGGUGGUUCAACGGACUGAGCAUAAGAGAUGGUUAACGGUUGGUUUCACCAACAACCGUGCUGGUUCGUACGAGUAUGCAAUUUCGGAAUUCCAAUAUACCUGCGACCCAGUCGAGGCUCCACCAGAGCCUCACAGAGGAAUUAACACUGCCAAGAACGCCUAUAUGGUUAGGGCAAGUUGCCUCAAGGACGAUGGUUCUAGAAAGAAAACCGACGUUGAUAUCAUUUGUGAGGAUGAAGAGCAUGCACGUGAACUGGCAGCGUGGUGGGGUAAACUGGACAAGCCUCGGGCCCCUCCGAGCUACUCAUCGAUAUAUAAACACGUGAAGAGUGUGUACGUGAACCAAAAAGCUGUCGAAUUUGCGGGAGAAUUGAAGUUCAUAUCGUCAACGGCUACUCAGAAGAAUACUAGAGUGGUUAAAAUCGGAAACAACUAUCACUCGUGUGGAAAACUGAAUGACGGUUAUUUCGUGUAUAAACAGUUUUACUACUUCAUAUUGUUGGAGUGUUAUGAUGUUACUCGAAAGCCCAGGACUGGGGAAAAAUAUCAGAAAUCCAGCGUUAUCGUUGUGAUGGACGACGAGCUUAGUGGGACUACGGUCGCCUCUGCUUUUGCUGGUUUGGAGAAAGGGAAAUUGCUCAUCGAUAAGCGUUAUUACUUUGGUCGUUCGGGAGCAACGGCGAUGAUUGCAGACAGCCCGUCAGAAGUAAAAGGCGCCUUUAUACAGAUCUACCCUAAGGAGCUCAUUCUGGACUUCGGGGCUUUCGAGUAUAGUUGUCGCGAAGUAGUGGAAGCUCCUAGAUUCAUGAUUGAUAAAAAAUAUGAAGUUACUGUUUACUGUGGGAAGAAAACUGGAGGGAAAAAACAACAACCUGACGUCAAGCAUGAGAGAAUUCGUAUUAGUUUUGAUACGGUCGAUUUUGAUCCGAAUUUGUUGGAAACUGUUGAUUUUAUCGCAAUUCCGAAGGAUAUUUAUAUGGGAAAAGAAGAGCUGCUGCCUCUCAAGAGGGCGACUGUGGUAUUCAAUCUCAAGGGUGAAGUGGUUGCCAGACAGAUCGAGUUUCUCCGCCCGGAUCACUUCGCUGGUGAUGCCCCGAGUGAGGUCAAUUAUCAUUUGGUGCGGUACGUGUGUGGAGAGAUGACUUUUGCUGAAAAGCAGUAUCCUGUUUUGAAAGAUGGUGCUCAUGAUGAUGAUAAUAAUAAGGAGAGUAAAGCGGUGAUGUUGAAGGCAGUUUGUGGUGAAAGUUUCAACGGCAUUGAUCCUCCCUUUGUGAACACACCAGUGGCUUUGUUAUUUCAUCAUCAUCCUGAAUUCGCAGAGAUUUUCGCAAAGUGGUGGAAUGGGAAUUUCGUGGAGGUUGAAGCUCCCGAGAAGCCACCGGUGAACACUGCUGGAUGGGCUGGCACGUAUCAGCAGAUGCAAACGAUUACUAAAACUAGGAAGACCCAUAUUGCGAAGUUUAGUGGGAGUGAUGAGGGCGAACUGAGGCAAAGGGCCCGAGAAUGGAAAGCUAGAACUAAGGAUGAAAUUGCUCAGAGAGCUUUGGCGAGGGGAGAUCCUUAUGCUGAUUCAGCGAGGAAAGCUGCUGAGAUUUCGGCUAGGUUCACGCCGAUUCAGCCGCAUUUGAAUGGAAAUGUUGUUGUGAAGUAG